ACGUCUACACUCAGGUUUUGCGUAAGGCAAUCGCCUUCUGAUUUCAACAGCUUCCCUGCUUUGAGGCAGAGAGCUUGGAGGUCAUUUUUGAAGUUUCAAUUGUUUCCCCUGUUACACAUGCACAUAACCUCGAAAUAAUGGUGUAGCAAAUUUUUCUCCUCACUUCAAUUUAUUUUCUAGUCAUGUCACAAACGUCAAUGGGAUUCACUGAUCAACAACAACAAGGGGCUCAGAGUCAAGUUGGGGCACCCUACAUUCCCACGGAGGAUGAGAAGAGAGUGUUUCGGGAAUGCAACCAAGAGAGCUUUUGGUACAGAUCCCUUCCAUUAACUGCUGUGGCAGUGUCUGUAGCUCAAGCACUCGUUAUGAAAGGAGUCCUUGCACCCUCACCACGAUUUGGUUCCCUGCCUAAAGUAGCUAUUGCUGGUCUGUUUGGGUACAUUGGAGGGAAGAUCUCCUACACAAAGAUAUGUCAGGAGAAGUUCAAAAAUCUGGAGAAUUCCCCAUUGGGUGAAGCUCUAAGACAAGGACAACGUCAUAUCCCUCAACAGUUUGCUCCUCAGAACCCAUCAGAGUUGGGAGAUCCUAACCAGGCUUUUUUUGAACAAGCCUCCCAGUCAGUGGCGGAACCUCGCACCCAAGCAGACUCCUUCAGCUACCCUAGUGACUUCUCCUAUAGUGAUCAGGGUGCUCUGUUGAGCCCUCCCCUCAGUGAGUCUGACCCCACAGGAGCUGCAGCUGAUGUCAACCAACCAGUCCCUCCUUACUUGGAUGAUGAGACUCCCAAAAAGAGACCAACCCUGUACGAGGACCUACGAAGCAGAAACCGUGAGAACUACGAGGUUACCCUGACCCAAAAGGCAGACAUUCUGCUCAAGUCCCCGGCUGAAACACCUGUUCCGAAGAGAGAUGUGAAAAAGAACCAAUAUGGAGAUGCAUGGGACGAGUGAAGAGUCUGCUUCAGGAGCCAGUGAUCAGCUGCUGCACCAGGAGAAGAAGGCAAGAGGGCACAUGUAGUACACACAAGACCUCUGCUUUUUAUGCAAUCAUGCUAUAGAAAUCUGAAAAACACGUUUGACGUUUCCGAAGUGAUAAAUGCAAAAUCAUAUAUUGUCAAAAGGUUAACAUGAAUAGGAGCUUUCUAGAAUUGUCCAAUGCAGUUGAAUGCAGCCAACAAGCUUACCAAUAGCUUGUGUAUCAGUGGAGGCUGCUGAGGGGAGGACUGCUCAUAAUGGCUGGAAUAGAGUCAAUCGAAUGGUAUCAAACACGUCUCCAUUCCAGCCGUUAUACUUCAUUUCCAGCCAUUAUUAUGAGCCAUCCUCCUAUCAGCAGCCUUCGCUGCUAUGUUUCCAUCCCGUCAUUUUAGCAUUGUAACUGGGUCUUAUUCAAAUGUGAAUGUUCAGUAUUACCAGUGAGCUCAUACUAUUUUGAAGGUUUAUCUGUAAGUCAUAAAUGAAUAUAAUUGAAUAUGUCCAUUUGGUGUUAUCUGGACCGUAUCUGGCAUCAGAUUAUUGCGUUGAGGGUGGCAGAUCAGAUUAUAAUGCUAUAUGAUGUAAAAGCAGAAUGUUGAGGGCCUUUUUGAAGACCAUCUUAGCACAGGUGGACAUCUGAAGGUUUAGUUUGGCAGGGUGUUGUCUCAGUAAUAAUGGAUAGGUCCCCUUGUUUUUUCCCAGCAGUGUCAAAAGUAACAUAAAACAAAGGCUGCGUUGACUGAGAUGUCCUCCAGGACCAAGCUUACCCAGAUUCUCUGGUCUGUUGACUUUUCAGCAAGGUGUGGCAGAGACAUAAAAAAAAAUAGCACUGUGUAACACGUAUCUCUUUCCUUCUGUUUGUUUUGUCAAACAACUGUGUUGAUUAUUAAAUCAUAGCCAAAUUGGUUUCGGUG